CCCAAUCCAAGCUUCCGUCGAAACUCUCUAACUCUACGUGGCAGAAACAUCGCCAGGCAUCAUCUUUAAGGCUUAGCAGUAGCAAAUCAUCUCUCCCACAAAAACAAGAUAAACCGAAAGCCAGCCCUACGAUACGAGACCUCCUCAAAAGGCUCCCUACGCCUCCCGGCACACAAAAGCAAAGACGAGAGAGAGAUGGGAUGCACUUCUUCCAAACGCAUCGAUUCGUCCAUCGCGGCGGACGUGUACCGUCCGGCCCCGACCAGCUUCGCCCUCUUCGACAUCAACGCCAUCGAGGAGCCGUGGCUCAUCGCCACCGCCCAGCAGCAACAGCACCACCAUGAGAAAUCGUCGCACGUGCCGGCUCCCAUCCUCGAGAAGCUCGACACGUUCGAGCUCGCAUCCGACGCGCCGCACUCAUGGUCCGAAGUCAGCAAGGCCUUGGAAGAUCUCAAGCCCACCUUGAAUCAGAAACCCCCGCCCGCCUCGGAAGCCGACCCGCCGGGCACCAAACCCUACCCCCCGGCGCAAGAUAGUCCGACCCUUCAAAAACCUAUCAUGAAAAAAACCCAGUCUUUCCACACUCUCGAAGAGCUAGAUGCCAAGGUCUCGACGCAGAAGACAGAAACUCGACUUCCGAAACUACCCCCGCCCGAGCACGACGGUUCCAAGAUAGAUUCUGAGGGUUUCAAGCCUGUGAGGGAGAACAGCUUCAUCAUCAGAGACAGGUUGGAGAGGCAGGGGAAGGUCGAUCGAGAAUCCGAGCCGAGGCGACUCGGUGGGAGGACUCGUCGCGACCCGCUGGCAGCGUACCCGGAGAAGUGCCCGCCGGGCGGGUCCGACGCUGUGGUUCUGUACACGACCUCUCUGCGAGGUGUGCGGCGCACGUUCGAAGACUGCCAACGGUUGCGGGCAUUGCUGGAAGGGCAACGAGUCGCGGUGGACGAGCGAGACGUGUCGCUGCACGGCGGCUUCCUUAGCGAGUUGAAGGAGAUGGUUGGGGAAGGGGCGGGCGUGCCGAGGCUGUUCUUGAAGGGGAGGUACUUGGGAGGAGUGGAGGAGGUGGUGGACCUGAACGAGUCGGGUCGACUCGGUGAGUUGCUGGACUGGGUCGGGGUAGGGAGGGCGCUUGGGAGGAGAGCGUGUGAGGGAUGCGGAGGAGCGAGGUUUGUGCCGUGCUUGGAAUGUAAUGGGAGUUGUAAGGUGCUGGGUGGGGACGGGAAGCAGACGGUGAGGUGCGCAGUGUGCAACGAGAACGGGUUAGUGCUAUGCCCUCUUUGUCAUUAUUAGGUUUGAAAAGGGCCCGCAGCGCAAUCCGGCGCACGGUAGCGUGCACCGUAUACGUUUACGGUGAAUGUACUGUAUUAUUGUUGUUGUAUUUUGAUAACUGCAUAAGAAUGAAACCACGGCAAAGAAUCUCGUUGCUCUGUUAA